CUUAUCACGGAGGUCAUGUCCCUCAGCAGACCCCACGAGCAGCCUCUCAAGAUCAUGGCAACCUGGUUUAGCCUCUGUUCACUCCUGUACUUUCUCGUCUCCCCGCUUCCAGGCAGUUUCAUGACGUUAUGGCCGAUGGGCAUGAACAUCUUCGGCCUUUCCGUGAGGUGCAUUAAUUACCUGUGGCUCAAGGAUCCGAGCCAAUUCCAUCGCAUGCAGCAGAGUCCGAGCAUGGAUGCCAAGGACGAGAAAACGGGGACACAUGGGUAUCUGGAUGCUUUAGAUAUUGCUACCACAUUCCGAGGCGUGGGCUGGUCGUUCGAGGCCAAAGGUCUACCGCAACCGCAAGCCAUCUCACCCGUCGCAUUCGCUGCAUCUCAAGUCAUAGGGGCUUUGGGACGCUUCCUAAUCCUCGACUUUGCCAUUUCUUAUGCAAAUGCAUUCGUGCCCUCUUUGGACAAUGCCUCGAUACCACUUCGACUUGCAUUUGGAUGUCUUAUGAUGUUUUAUGUGCGAUGGUCAAUGGACAUCCCAUGCCGAGUGUUGUCUGCCAUUGCUGUCCUCUUUUUCGGCAGCUCUCCCGCAUCCUGGCCACCAUUAUUUGGCUCCUGGUCCGAAGCGUAUACCAUCCGUCGAUUCUGGUCUCAUACUUGGCAUCAAGGCAUGCGACUGAUUGCUGAGGCUCCCGUCAAUUUCGUCGCACAUUCCCUCCUCGGCCUGCAAAAGGGCACGUACGUGAGCCAGUGGGCCAAAGUCCUCGGCAACUUUAUGAUGGCCUUCCUCGACCACGCAUAUGGCCGAGUCAUGGGUGGAGGUGACGUGGUCUCCGACUGGAACAUGUUCAUUCUGCAUCCCAUUGCGCUCUGGAUUGAGGAAACGACGAGGGAAGGACUUGUUGCCUGUGGAAUCCUCGACAAAGACAAGAGGUCGAGAACGGAGAGAUAUCUCGGCUACAUCUGGGUGGGAGUGUUCAAUUGCUGGACCUUUUUGUACUUUAUGGAGGGUGCCAUUAGAGUGGAUGGCAAUGUCCCUGCGCUGGCAGACGGCUUGAUCGAGCCACCUUUUGGUGCAAGUUUGGUGGUACCACUUACCAGAUGGCUCGCAAGUAGGUAGAUAGCUUGUAGUUGACUGAUCAAUCGAGAAGAUGUAC